AUGGCUAAGUCUGCUGGUGUUCAAGAUGUUGCUGGUGAUGAGGUGUCUAAUUUGUUGAAAGAUUUUACAAAUUUUGAAGGUGAUACUGAUAAUGGGUCUGACGAUGAGGAGGAGGAGGUGGAUGUUAGUAAGAGCAGUGACCCUGUGGAUGAAGAUGUCAUAAAUAAAGAGUUAGUUACCUGGGCUGGAAGACUUGAGUUGGAAUCAAUAGAUUUAAGACAAAAGGCAAAAGAAUUGACUAGUCAAAUGACAAAAAAUUCAUUAUCAAUCAAAAAUACAUCAGAUGAAUUGAAAUCAGAAUUUAUAGAGUGGAAAGAGUCUUCUACGAAGCUAUUGGAUGGUUCAAUAAAGUCAUUCUCUAAGGCAACUUCUAAUUUUUUAUCUGCUACAAAAUCAAUGUCUAACACCAAAUCAAAUUCUGCUAACCAAACUGAUAAAAGGGUUAUAUCGAGUAUAUUUGAAAUUUUAGAGUCUACACAAUCAUCAAUCAAAAGUUUUGAAAAAAAACUUAUAGCUGUAAACAAAAAUGAAAGAUCAAAAACUAGAGUUGGUGGUACACAAAUUGAUAAUGAAGUUCCAUUAAGUACAUUGAAUAAGAAACUUCAAACUAUAAUAAAUAGUGUUCAAAGGUUUCAAGAUCAGAACAUGAGAGAAGAAGAGUUAAGAAAAGAAUCGAAUUCAAAUAUUUUACAAUUGAAUGAAACGCUUGGGAAAUGUUUAAGAAGAAUAGAAGAUAUUCAGUAUUUACAAGUUGAUUUUGGUCAUGAAUUAAAAGUUUUGAAUAGAUCACAAAAUAAUCUCUUGGGUGAAUUUAAUAAGAUCAAAUCUGCAUCAGUUAUAAAUAAUGCAAAAUCAACAAAUAAUCAAAUUAACAAGGAACUAAAUAAUACCAACAACAAUCAAUAUAGACCAACACCACCAAAUAGUUCAUUUAAUGAAUCUAGUAAUAUAAUUCAUCAACCAAGAGUUCAAUUACCAGAAUCACCAAAAAAUAUAGAACCUAGAAAAAGAGGUCGUAAGCCAGGUACAAAAUUAGUUAGAGGGAAAUUACAAGAUCCAAAUAGUUCUACAGACAUACCUUUGAAAACUCAUAGAACAAGAAGAAAUCUUACAUUAGCUGAACCAGGAUUUAUGAGCGAUAAGUUACCUAAACCUUAUCAAUCAAAGAAAAGAAAAAUAUUGCAAGAUAGAAUCAAUCAAACCAAAUCACCACGUCCACAAUUACAACGUGAUCAUCUUCCUCAACAACAACGAGAAGAUUCUCAUUAUCAUCAAUUCAACCGUCAACAAUCACAACCAAUUUUCUCAUCUUCAUCAUUUGAUAAACAUGAUUCAAGUAAUAAUUGUAUAAGUUUACUUUCAGAUGAUAUGCAAUCAAGUUUAAACUCAGAGCUAUAA